AUGGCUGCAGGAAUCAUCAGGAAUUUCUUUGUUCAAACCUCAUCUCCAGGCUACUUCCCCAUGAUUUUCCACCAGUCUCCAUGCACAGAUGAUGUGGAGGAGCAGGAAAUAAAGGAAACAACAAAGGAGACUGAAGAUGAGGAUGAAAGAGAAGUGGAGGAUGAAGAUGAUGUUGCAUCUGAAGCUCACGAAGAAGAGGACAGUUUGGAGGAGGUUUUCCUGCAGCCUGCUCACUACACUGUGGAUGUAACCAGGCAGCUGCUGACCUUUGCUGACCUCAUCAGUCGUGACGUUCAGCGUUAUUUUGGUCGCUGUCACAGCGACCAGGAAGGAGGUGACAUUUAUAAUGACUCCGUGUCUGUGAGAACCAGUGGAUGUCUGCGCUACUAUGACGACCUGCUGAGAAUCGUGAGAGCAGAUGAGCAGAAAGAUACUGGUGUCACUCGUGGUGAAGAAGCUGACGUACCUGGAGUUGCUAAGGGCAACAGUGAUCUGGGACCACUGGCUGAACUGUUUGGACCGAGUCAAGGCCGCAGCCAGCCAAUGAUGAAGCGCCAUCUCCCGCUCAGUUUUUGGACUGAACCAAUGUCCUGCUGUUCUCUAGAGAAUUUCAGUAACACAGCUGAUGUCACACAAACAACCAGUGACACUCCUUCACAGGACAACAUGCACACAGACACACCUGUGCACUAUGACAGCCUCCAACAGUCCAACAUGCAUGCACUUGACAAUACACAACCCGACUUCAGUGACCUGCUGGCAAACUGGGAUCCAAACCCAGAACAUGGUCACACGCUGAUGGAGAGCAUGCACAUGCAGCACGGAACAUCGUGA